AUGGAAGACCAUCAGGAUAUAAAUAAAGUGUUUGUGGAUAUAGCCCUAAGUGAGGAUCGUGCUGCGAAUGUUGGCUACACAGAAGGAUUGCACAAAGGAUUCCAUUCCGGGAAUGCUGAAGCAUACCAUUUGGGCUACCACAAAGGAGCAGAGUGUGGAGCAGAGCUUGGCUUCUAUUCAGGCAUUGCAGAAGCAACAAUCCUGCUCAGCAGAGAAGCAAAGGUUUGUGCGGCUAUUGAGGCUCUAAAAGAUGGAAUUGCCAACUUAUCAAAAGUCAAUCAACCUGAUGACGCCAAUGAUGAUGACAUGGCGAUAGUUCGUGGAAAAUUCCAUAGACUUUGUUCGCUUUUGGGCAUAAAGAAUCCCUUUGAAAGUGACAACAAGCUUGCAUUUUAA